AAUAGUUCGCUAAUCUCAGCCUAAUAAGUUCAUCUGUUUUUCUUUUUUUUUUUUUCUUCGCGUCUUUUGGAUUUCUGUAACAUUGUUGAAGUCAUAGUUUAUACUAGUUAGGGUUUACGCAUGCGAGAAGAAAUGCAGUUCCUUUUUUAAUUCUGAAUCAAAAGUCCGAGGACUCAUUCGGGUAAUCUGAGCGAGUGUCUGAUGGCGGAUUCUACUUGGUCGAAUUGACAAGAUCUUAUUAGUAUUUGAUGCAUAUAGGCGGUAAUGUGAUUCCAUUCGCUUGGCUUCAAUGGAGGGUGUAGCUUCGGUUGAUUCUCCAACUAUUAAGCCUAUAAAUAAGUCUGUAGUUCACAGGAUUUGCUCAGGACAAGUGAUUUUAGAUCUUUCGUCUGCAGUGAAGGAGUUAGUUGAGAACAGCUUGGAUGCAGGUGCGAGCAGCAUCGAAAUUGCUUUGAAAGAAUAUGGUGAAGAAUCCUUCAAGGUUAUUGAUAAUGGGUGUGGCAUUUCACCUAAUAAUUUCAAGGUUCUUGCACUCAAGCACCAUACUUCGAAAAUAGCAGAUUUUCCUGAUCUCCAAUCUUUGGCAACUUUUGGCUUCAGAGGGGAGGCACUUAGUUCUCUUUGUGCGCUUGGGAAAUUGACAGUCGAAACAAGAACUAAAAGUGAACCAGCCGCCACACACUUGACUUUUGACCAUUCAGGCUUACUGAUAUCUGAAAAGAAAAUAGCGCGUCAAAUUGGUACCACUGUCACUGUUGAUAAGUUGUUCUCUACCUUACCAGUGCGAGGCAAGGAGUUUAGUCGCAACAUCCGAAGAGAAUAUGGGAAACUUAUUUCUUUACUGAACGCAUAUGCUCUUAUUGCGAAAGGAGUUCGAUUAGUUUGCACCAACACAACUGGAAAGAACAUAAAGGCUAUGGUGCUUAAAACGCAAGGAAGCAAUUCUCUUAAAGACAACAUCAUAACAGUAUUUGGCAUGAAUACCUUCAAAUGUCUAGAGCCUUUGAGUAUAUCUAUAUCAGAUGGCUACAAAGUUGAGGGCUACCUUUCUAAGCCUGGCCAUGGCAGUGGACGUAAUUUAGGGGAUAGACAGUUCUUUUUUGUCAAUGGCCGGCCAGUAGAUAUCCCUAAAGUCAGCAAGCUUAUGAAUGAAUUAUAUAAGAGUUCGAACUCUCGGCAAUACCCCAUUGCAGUGUUGAAUUUUAUCAUACCAACUAAAGCAUAUGAUGUCAAUGUAACUCCUGAUAAAAGGAAAAUUUUCUUUUCUGAUGAAUGUUCACUUAUAAAUUCUUUAAGGGAAGCUCUAGAAAGGAUCUAUUCCCCAAAUUGCUGUAUUUACUCUGUUAACAGAUUAGAGGAGUCUAAGAAGGAAGCAUGCAACACUGAGUUAUUUACUCAAGAGGAGUUUCAUAUAUCAUCUCAACGAAUAUCCCCAGAUGAUGAUGAACAUAAGGAAACAGCAUACCACGAGGAAAAGCCUGUGGAAGAAGAAACCACACAGGAUGUCAGCCCACUAAAAGUGGUAGAAAAGGGCAUUGAAGAUUCAUGUAUGGGAGAACAAUUGGCUCAUAUUAAGUGCAAAAGUCCCAAAAAAAAGGACUUUUCUCUUAGAGCUCAUUUUGGAGAUAAAGGUGAUGGUUCUCCUGGGUAUCACAAUAAAGAGCUGAGAACUCCCAUGCCUAGUGCCAUGGUUUGUCAUCAUUCUCCUUGUCCUUCAAAGGCAGUGGGAAAAGAUACCAUUGGAAAUGUAAAUUCGUCAAGUCAUUUGAGUUUUGUUAAGUCUUCAAUAACCAAUUUUGUAACUGUAAAUAAGAGGAAGCAUGAAAAUAGCUGUACGGUACUGUCUGAAGUGCCUGUUCUAAGAAAUGAAGUAGCUCGCUGUCAAAUGAGGAAAACCAACUCUGUUAUGCAUACUGCAUCAUCAGAGUCACCAUCAGAGUCACUUUUUAAUCUUCAUCAGAUUGACGAUUCUGAUGAAGGUAAUGAGAAUGAAUCUUCUAUAACUUGUAGAGCAUCUUGUGUGCCAAAUGCAAUGGGAGACUCGCUUUAUUCUGGAGAAGAUGUUAACAAUGUUGGAUUUGGAAAGGAUUUAGAAAGUCAAGAGAAGGCAUUACAACAUGCUAAUGUUGAUUCAAAUGCUUUGCCGGGUAUGCAAAUUGAACAUGUAUCAGAAGAGCCUCAAGAGCCAGAUCCAGUAUUAAAAUCCUCGAAGGUGACUUCAGAUUCACCAAUGCCUUCUUCUGGUUUAGAGAUAUUUUCCACCUUGCAUUUUAGUAUCGAAGAUCUAAAAACAAGGAGGAAAAAGAGGCUCUCAAGGUUGCAAGGUAGMAGUUUUACAAAUGGAAAAAUGACAAAUAAAAGGUGCUAUACUGCUGCGACACUGGAGCUUUCUCAGCCAGAAAAUGAUGAUAGAAAAGUGAAGGCCCUAGCUGCAGCAACCUCCGAGUUGGAAAGGCUCUUCAAUAAAAGUGAUUUUGGCAGAAUGAAGGUUAUUGGGCAAUUCAAUCUCGGUUUUAUCAUUGGAAAAAUAGAUGAAGACCUCUUCAUUGUAGAUCAGCAUGCUGCAGAUGAGAAAUUCAAUUUUGAGAGGCUGUCUCAAACAACUGUCUUGAACCAACAACCUUUGCUUCAGCCAAUUAGGUUGGAGCUAUCUCCUGAAGAGGAAGUAGUUGCCUCAAUGCAUAUGGAUAUAAUCAGGAAAAAUGGGUUUACUUUGGAAGAGGAUAUUCAUGCUCCUCCUGGUUGCCAUUUUAAACUAAAAGCUGUCCCCUUCAGUAAAAACGUUACUUUUGGUGCUGAAGAUGUUAAGGAGCUCAUCUCUACCCUUGCCGAUAGUGAAGGGGAGUGCUCAAUGGUUAGUAGUUACAGACUGGAUACCCCAGAUUCUGUUUGCCCAUCAAGAGUCCGUGCAAUGUUGGCAUCACGUGCUUGCCGAUCAUCUGUCAUGAUUGGAGAUCCUCUUGGGAAAAAUGAGAUGCAAAAGAUACUUGAGCAUUUGGCGGAUCUCAAAUCCCCUUGGAAUUGCCCACAUGGCAGGCCGACCAUGCGCCACUUGAUCGAUUUGGCCACCAUCUAUAAGAGGUUAGAUUUAAAUGGAACAGAUUUACCAUGGGCCUAUUUGUGACUGUUGAAUGCCCAUGCAUGUAUGUAUUGAUUUUUUUUUUUUUUUGGGUUUUAUUCUCUUAACAUGCCUUAUUCCCUUGCUUGUUUUAGCAUGAAUCUUUGAACAUUGUAAAUUCAAGUCUCCAUCUUUCCACUSGGGAUCUACUGUUUGCACCGCUGUGUAUAGGCAGUUACGUAACCAA